UAUAAACCCUCAACUUCUACCUUCCACAGAGUAGUACUAACCCUAAAUCCUGAGUGAGCGCCUCCGCUUCCAGUGAGAAAAAACAGUCAACCAAAGAUGACAUUCAAGAGAAGGAACGGUGGGCGCAACAAGCAUGGCCGCGGCCACGUCAAAUUCAUCCGCUGCUCCAACUGUGGAAAAUGCUGCCCCAAGGACAAGGCAAUCAAGAGAUUCCAAGUCAGAAACAUAGUUGAGCAAGCAGCUGUCAGGGAUAUCCAGGAAGCUUGUGCUUUUGAUGGAUACACCCUUCCUAAGCUGUACGUGAAGGUGAACUACUGUGUUUCAUGCGCCAUUCACUCGAAGGUUGUGAGGGUCCGCUCUGUUACUGACAGGAGAAACCGUGAGCCACCACAGCGUUUCAGGCGCCCAAGGGAUGACCUUCCUAAACCAGGACAGCCUCCUCGUGUUGGUGGUCCACCUGCUGCUGCCCGUACCUAAUUAUUUCGCCUGCUUAUUUGCUGCUAGACUUCCAUGCAUUUGUGUUUUCUAUGUAGUUUUGCAAAGACAUCUGAUCAAUGAUUGAUCUGCAACUUAAGUUUUGAAUUUUUUUAAGUUUUGUUACAGUUAAGACUUUUUAUAUGACCAGUUUGCACUGUUUUAUGAUAUUUCAUUAUACUAUGUUUUAA